GUUUUUUAAAAAAACCAAAAAAAUCUAAAUCAUGUCAUCUCAAGAUGAUAUUAUGUGUGAAAGCUGUGAUAAAAUGUAUGCAAAUAUUGAUUAUAAAUGGUGUAAACAAUGUAGAAUAAGUAACUUAAAAGAAAAUUUCGUGAACUGGACUAGUGGGAAUGAAGAGAUUGAUAAUUUUAUCCAAAAAAUGCAAUUAGAAAUUGAAAGACAUGAUAAUAUAAUUGUUGAAUGGAUACCUUACAACCAAUUCAAUAAUGUUAAAAAAACAAACAAAGAUGGUUUUGCUACAGCAAUAUGGAAGGAUGGUUUAUUAGAAUAUAAUGAAGAAGAAAGGAAACAUAAAAGAAUAUCUAAUAUAGAAGUUGCUUUAAAAUGCUUGAGCAGUUUACAAAAUGUUAUUAAUGAAUUUUCAAAUGAGAAUGAAACAUAUUCCACUAAAGUAGAUAAAUAUGAUCGAUAUAUAAAUCCUAAAAUAUAUGGAAUAUCCCAAAAUCCAGAUACAAGUGAUUAUAUUAUAGUACUUAAUAAUAGUUAUUGCAAAGAAUGUGGUGAAAUAUAUACAGAAAAAAUGUGGGCUAAAUGGUGUAAACCAUGUCAAAUAAAUAAUUUAAAACAAAAUUUUACAAACUGGACAAGUGGAAAUAAAAUAAUUGAUAAAUUCAUUCAAGAAAUGCAAUUGAAAAUUGAAGGAUAUGAUGAUAUAAUUGUUGAAUGGAUACCUUAUAACCAAUUCAAUAAUAUUAAAAAAAUAGGAAAAGAUGGCUUUGCUACAGCAAUAUGGAAGAAUGGUUCAUUAAAGUAUAAUAAUAAAGAAAUAAGAUAUAAAAGAAAACCUAAUAAAAAAGUCACUUUAAAAUGCUUGAAUAAUUCUCAAAAUGUUAUUAGUGACUUGCUAAAUGAGGUACAAAACUUCCAAUUUUUGUAAUUUAAUCCUUAAAAGUACUUUAUUAUAACAACUUUUAUAUUUAACAGGCUAAAACAUAUUCCAUUAAUGAUGAAUAUGAUGUUAUUAAAAUAUAUGGAAUAUCCCAAAAUCCAAAUGCAAAAGAAUAUUUUAUAGUAUUUCAAAAUGAUUGUAAUUGCAAAGAAUGUGGUGAAAUAUAUACAGUAAAAUGGGAAAAAUGGUGUAAACCAUGUCAAAUAAAUGGUUUAAAACAAAAUUUUGUAAAUUGGACUAGUGGAAAUGAAAAAAUUGACAGUUUUAUUCAAAAAACGCAAUUAAAAAUUAACUAUUAUUAUGAUAUAAUUGUUGAAUGGAUACCAUAUGAUCAGUUUGAUAAUAUUAAAGAAAUAGGUAAAGGUGGUUUUGCUACAGUCUAUUCAGCAAUAUGGAAAGAUGGUCCAUUAAAAUA